GCCCCCAGACCGGGCUCGGUUGUCAUGAGAGCGGCGGCUGCGGCCCGGGCGAUGGGCGGAGGCGGCCUGGGCUGCGCCUCGGCUGCCAGCGCCGCUGCGGCUCUGAGGUGCGCGGCAGCCCGGGGCGGAGGAGGCGGCGCCGCCUGAGUGCCGCCCAGGGAGUCGCGGCAGCCGAGGGCGUCAGCGCAGGGCCGGCCUGGCCGGUGCCCCGGAGCUGAGGCCCGGCCCAGGCGGCGCGGAGCGGGGAAUCCCGCAGGGUCGGGGUCCCCGGCCCGGCGCGCCCCGCCCGCCCUCCGCACCCCGGCGGGGGGACCUCUCCGUCGCGGUCAGCCCAGCUGUGCAGAAUGCCCCACGAGAUUGGAUUUGUCAUUGUCAGUUCAUCUGGACACGAGGAUGGCUUCAGUUCCAGGGAGCUGAUGAUCCACGCGCCGACCAUCAGCGGGUGGAGGUCCCCGAGAUUCUGCCAGUUUCCACAAGAAAUUGUUCUUCAAAUGGUAGAAAGAUACCGAAUAAGAAAACUGCAGUUGCUUGCUCACCAGUAUAUGAUUUCAAGUAAGAUCGAGUUCUACAUUAGUGAAAGCCUUCCUGAAUAUUUUGUACCAUAUCAAGCAGAACGAUUUCGGAGACUUGGUUACGUCUCUCUCUGCGAUAAUGAAAAGACAGGCUGUAAGGCCCGGGAGCUGAAGUCGGUUUACGUGGAUGCAGUGGGACAGUUUCUCAAGCUGAUCUUCCACCAAAACCACAUCAACAAAUACAACAUUUACAAUCAGGUUGCUUUGGUUGCAAUAAAUAUCAUUGGAGACCCUGCAGAUAUCAGUGAUGAAAGCAAUAUUUCUUCUAGAGAGAAGCUGAUUGACCUUUACCUCGGGCACCACACAGAGGACCCAGCUCUAGAUGGCACCUACACAGGGAAGCAAAACUAUAUUUCUCCACUAGAUGAUUUAGCUUUUGAUAUGUAUCAAGAUCCAGAAGUUGCACAGAUUAUACGCAAAUUAGAUGAAAGAAAACGUGAAGCUGUCCAAAAGGAACGUUAUGACUUUGCCAAGAAACUAAAACAAGCUAUUGCUGAUCUGCAAAAGGUUGGUGAACGUCUUGGAAGGUACGAGGUAGAAAAGCGCUGUGCUGUGGAGAAGGAAGACUAUGACCUUGCCAAGGAGAAGAAGCAGCAGAUGGAGCAGUACCGCACCAAGGUGUACCAGCAGCUGGAGCUGCACGACCUCAUGGAUUCUGAGCUGACACGAAGACCUUUUGAUUUGCCCCUUCAGCCCCUUGUUCACCCUGGCAGUCCUCAUCAUCGAAAACCAGUGCCCUCACUUCCACAACAAGAAGAAAGACCAACAGAAAAACGACUUGUAGAACCUUUCCUCCAGGAAAAGCCUUCAUCACAUUCUCGAAUGCUUUCUCCUCAGCGUGCUGGAGUAGCACAAUUACUGCCUGCCCCAGACCCUCACCCCAAGGCCGAGUCACUGCCCUACGACGAGCGGCCUCUUCCAGCCAUCCGCAAACAGCAGGGGAGAACAGACGAGGAGUCAGAGAUGCACAACACAGACGUCAGCGACGCCCAAAGAGGGGGCGCUUUGGGAGAGCCAGAGCCCUUAACAGAGAAAGCCUUGAGAGAAGCCAGCUCUGCCAUUGAUGUGUUAGGAAAAACCCUGGUUGCUGGCGCCUAUUCCAAGACAUGGUCGUACCGAGAAGAUGCAUUGCUCGCUUUGUAUAAAAGGUUGAUGGAAAUGCCUAUUGGAACACCAAAGGAAGACUUGAAGAACAUGCUGCGCGCGUCCGUCUUUCUCAUUAGAAGAGCCACGAGGGACAUCGUGACCUCAGUGUUUCAGGCUGCUUUGAAAUUGUUGAAAAUGAUAAUUACACAGUAUAUUCCUAAACAUAAACUGGGUAAACUUGAAGCAACUCACUGUGUGGAAAGAACCAUUCCCAUUUUGCUUACCAGAACUGGAGAUUCUUCUGCUCGCCUCCGUAUUAUAGCUUCAAAUUUUAUUCAGGAAAUGGCCUUGUUUAAGGAAAUUAAAUCUCUCCAAUUUAUCCCAGCUUACUUGGUACAGCCACUGAAAGCAAACUCCUCAACCCACCUGGCGCUGAGUCAGGUGGACCUCCUGGCCCGGCUGCUGAGGGACCUGGGCACGGGGGGCUCUGGCUUCACCGUCGACAACGUGAUGAAGUUUUCAGUGAGUGCCCUGGAGCACAGAGUGUUUGAGGUGCGAGAAACAGCAGUUAGAAUUAUUUUGGACAUGUAUAAACAGCACUGGACUUUUAUUUUGGAGUAUCUUCCUCCAGACGACAACAACACACGCAAGAACGUUCUCUAUAAAACCAUUUUUGAGGGAUUUGCUAAAAUAGAUGGCAAGCCUACAGAUGCUGAAAUUAGGGCACAGAAAAAAGCAGCCACAGAAGAAAUGGAAAAACAAAAGAGAGCAGAAAUUCAAGUUUUACAAGGGCAGUUGGCAGCACUAAAGGAGAUUCACGCCGAAGCCCAGGAAAAAGAAAGUGAUGCUGUGAAGGCAAAGAAUCAGGACACUCAAGAAAGAAAAACAGCUCCACCUAAUGCUCCAGAAAUUCCAAAUAACCAUUAUUUAGAUAAUUUAUGUAUUUUCUGUGGGGAGAGCGAAUCCUUCAUGGAGGAAGGCCUGGAUCUGCACUACUGGAAACACUGUCUGAUGCUGACGCGAUGUGACCGCUGCAGACAGGUAGUUGAGAUAUCCAGCCUGACGGAGCAUUUGCUGACAGAAUGUGACAAAAAGGAUGAGUUUGGAAAGUGCUAUCGCUGUAGUGAAGCUAUUCUAAAGGAAGAGCUGCUCAGACACAUAAAAACCAAAGACUGUAACCCUGCCAAAUCAGAAAAGCUGGCAAACCGGUGUCCCUUGUGCCACGAGAAUUUCACACCUGGAGAAGAGGCGUGGAAAGCUCACCUCAUGGGCCCAGCUGGCUGCACCAUGAACCUGUGCAAGACACACCUCCUGCACCGGGCUCAGACACUGCAGCCAGGUAAAGGCUCAGCAGUCAUCAAAUCAGGCACUUCAGGAUCCAAAGUUGGAAGCAAGAUCCCCACCCCAAAGGCACUGUCUGCUAGUUUUCCUGCCCAGUGCACUUAGUGCCAGGGUAAGAGUUUUCAGUAUCUGCAGAACAUGUGUUUUCCACUUUAAUGAGAAAUAAAAGUAAAAAAGAAAAUCUUAAAAAUCAGUAACUGAGAACUGGUCCCACCUCAGCACUUACCUUCUAGAGGUUUCUUAAACAGUGCUGUCCCUGCGACAUUCUUCACUUCCUGGCAGAGUUCCUGCCUGGUUCCAACUGUGCAGACCCGGAUUUAGCCAAGGUCCACACCAUCGUGCUUUUGUAUCGUGCCUUUUUCUCAGAGGCGCUGCAGACCCUCUCGACGUGCAAACUGCUAACAAAACAUAAUUAUG